UUUCUUUUUUAAAAUGAAUAAUCACAUUUUUAGAGAUUAAUUUAAAAAUUAAAAUAAUGUUGAAUCUUUGCAAAUACCGUUGAUUCCUCAAUUUGAUUCAGCCAGGUUUACUAUUUCUGUACCUGCGACUCUCUCUCCUCUGUUCUUCUUCUUUCUUCGGUUCCUCUCUUCUUCUUCCUUCCUCUGUUCCCAAAGAGGAAACAAACCAGAGAGAACAACAAUGGAGGUUGAGGGUGCAGGUGCGGGUGCAGCACUGUGGCAAGGUGCGGUUCUGGGUGGAAUUCUCUUCUGGGUUGUGUUUUCUUCAUACAUCAAUCUCACUCGCAAGCUUAGAUCCUUCCUUCAACCCUCUGUGACUCACCUUGUUGAUACCGGAACCCCUAUUAUCCUUCAGAUCCAGGGUUACCGUGCUGGUUUGCUGGAUGCUCUUUUCUCUGGGUUGUCUUGUGUUGUUUCUGUUCCCUUUUACACUGCUUUUCUCCCUCUGCUAUUUUGGAGUGGUCAUGGCAAAUUGGCAAGGCAGAUGACGUUGUUGAUGGCGUUUUGUGAUUAUAUUGGAAACUGCAUAAAAGAUGUGGUUUCAGCUCCAAGACCUGCUUCUCCACCUGUCUACAGAAUAACUGCUACCAAAGAUGAAGAAGAGAACGCCUUAGAAUAUGGACUUCCUUCUUCUCACACGCUUAAUACAGUUUGCUUAUCUGGCUACCUUUUGCACUAUGUCCUGACUCAUCCUCAAAUUCAAGGUGCCUAUAUUAAUUAUCUUGGAGUUUCUCUCGGUUGCUUGUUUGUGGCUCUCAUUGGUUUGGGAAGAAUUUAUCUUGGUAUGCACAGUGUGGUUGAUGUUCUUGCUGGCCUUCUUAUUGGACUCGUGAUCCUUCCAUUUUGGCUCACAGUUGAUGGAUACAUAGACAGUUUUGUGAUUUCAGGACAAAAUGUUACAUCUUUUUGGGCUGCCUUGAGCUUCCUCUUGCUCUUUGCUUAUCCAACUCCUGAACUUCCAACUCCAAGUUUUGAGUUUCACACUGCUUUCAACGGUGUUGCAUUGGGAAUUGUCUCUGGGGUACAGCAAACUUACCAUCUAUUUCACCAUGAUUCUGUUCCUCAUUUGUUCUCUUCAGAACUGACAAUACCGGCAUAUGUGGGAAGAGUGCUGUUGGGAAUACCUACAAUUCUAAUUGUGAAGUUCUGCAGCAAGGCUCUUGCUAAAUGGACUCUUCCUGUGGUAGCAAACACCUUGGGCAUCCCAAUUAAAUCAACCAGCUACAUCCCCACACUGAAUGGAUCCACAGCGGGGAAAACGUCCGAUAAGCUCAAAGGAGGAGGUUACUUACAGAAGCUCUUUUCACACAAGGCAUUCGAUGUUGACACCGGAAUUAGAUUUCUUCAGUAUGCAGGCCUUGCGUGGUCUGUGGUCGACCUCGUGCCAUCUCUUUUUUCAUACAUGAGCUUGUGACAUUGAGAUUCUUUAUUAUUUUAUUAAAUUUUUGUACAGAAGAAGAAUUCAUCCCAUUUUGAUCGUAUACAGUCAAAAUGAGCUAUCAUAUCACAACAAUAAAUCAUUUCCACCCUGUGAAAUUUAA